AGGCAUCCAGAUAUCUGCAGCCUUUAAACCCAGGUUAUCAAAGUUGUUGGCACACUUUUAUUAUUGUUGUUUCUGCUUUUCAGAGCACAAAGUCAUCAUUGUCGGCCUGGACAACGCAGGCAAGACUACAAUCCUUUACCAGUUCUCAAUGAAUGAGGUGGUGCACACUUCUCCCACAAUUGGGAGCAAUGUGGAGGAGAUCGUUGUCAACAACACCCAUUUUCUGAUGUGGGACAUCGGAGGCCAGGAAUCCCUGCGGUCGUCUUGGAAUACGUACUACACCAACACAGAGUUUGUCAUCGUGGUGGUCGACAGCACAGACCGAGAGCGCAUCUCUGUGACCAAAGAAGAACUCUACAGAAUGCUAGCACACGAAGACCUCCGAAAAGCAGGACUGUUGAUAUUUGCGAACAAGCAAGACGUGAAAGGCUGCAUGACUGUGGCUGAAAUCUCCCAGAGCCUCCAGCUUACCUCCGUCAAAGACCACCAGUGGCACAUCCAGGCGUGUUGCGCCCUCACCGGGGAGGGGUUGUGUCAAGGUCUGGAGUGGAUGAUGUCCCGGCUCCGCGUGAGAUGAUGACCCUCGUGGCUUUGCGUGGGAGUUUGCCUGUUCUGUUGUUUCUUCUCUGCCUCCAGACAUAAAGGGGGGGGUGGGAUGAGUCUGGUUUCCUGGACGGCCUUCUCCUCCACUCCAUUCCCUCUCCAAGCUGACACGGACAGACUGUUGGCAGGAUCCUGUGUUUUCCUGUGAUAAUUUAUUUGACUAAAAGACAUGUAACGCAUCCGAGGAGAAGAGACUUUUUUCAGCGGGACGGAGGACACGGAAUAUGUGAAGAGAGAUUUCUGCACGGCUUUCCUUUUUUCAGUAAAAAAAAAAACAACAGACGAGUCGGCGAAGCGUCCGGCUCGGACCUGUACAUGGACGUAUUCCUCAGCCGUGCGAGUCGAGCCCACGGUGGCCUUGCAGUAUUUCCAUACUGGCAGUGGUGGUUUUCAUCGCCCCCCCCCCCCCCUCCCCUCUGUGUGCAAUCCAGUAUUCUCCUAUAACUAGGUGCCUGCAUCAAAAUGCUUAAAGGGGUGACGGUCAACGGCCGGCCGAAACACGUUUGACUGAGGGUGGAACGUUACAAUAUGCCCUCUUCCCUUCAGUCUCUAUGAAAAUUCACUAAAAUAAAGUCUUUUUAUCUGUUUGGGUGAA